GUUAAUUUAAUUUGUUUGAUUCAAAUCAAAUCUCCAUGGAAGCUGCUUUUGGCGCUACCGCGCUUCUUCAUCCCUUUAAAACCCAAAAUCCCUUGCUUUUACCACAAGCUAAGCUACCUGAUAAAGCCAAAUACCCAAGUUUAAAAAGGGUCCGUUCUUGUUCCAUUUCAAGCAUUUCAACUGAUAAAGAGCCGGUUCUUGCUGAAGAUUGGUCCCGUCUUCUCAAACUCUCGAUUGGGUCUGGAAAUUUCUUGUUGGGUCAAGCAAUUCACGCAUUUUUAAUAAAAUCUAACUCUACGAAUGACGCGUUUCAAGGAAAUAAUCUUCUUAAUUUCUAUGCGAAAUUCAAUGAACUGGGUGAUGCCAGAAAGCUGUUCGAUGAAAUUCCUGUUAGAAACACAAUCACUUGGACUACUUUAAUUAAAGGGUAUUUAGACAAUGAAGAUUACAAAUCCGUGUUUGGAAUCACUCACGAUAUGUGUUUCUAUGGCGAGAAGUUCAAUGAGCAUACUUGUUCGGUGAUUUUAGAAGCGUGUAGAGAAGAAGAGGACCUGAUUCGUGGGGGGCAAAUCCAUGGUUUUGUUAUAAAAAGUGGGAUUCAGCAGAAUGUUUUUGUGGGUACUUCUUUGAUUUCUAUGUAUUCAACGAGUGGGUUCUUAAAUGAAGCAGAAAAAGUUUUUGAUAACAUUGGUUUCAAGGAUGUUCAGUGUUUGAAUUAUAUGAUUUUCCAGUAUGGGAAGGCUGGGUGUAUGGAGAAAGCCUUUCGGGUUUUGGUUGAUAUGUUAAGUUCUGGUUUGGAGCCAACUGAUUAUACAUUUACUAAUAUAAUAAGCACAUGUAGUGAAAAUGUAGGUAUUGACGAAGGGAGACAGUUACACGGGCUUGCUGUUAAGUUUGGAGUCGUUAAUGUGACCUCUCUUGGGAAUGCUUUGAUUACUAUGUAUGGGAAGCUCGGAAUGGUUGAAUACAGUGAGAGAAUGUUUUAUUCGAUGAGUGAGAAGAAUUUGAUUUCUUGGACGGCACUUAUAUCGGGGUAUGUAAGAAGUGGUUGUGGUGAAAAUGCUGUUCAUAUGUUCUUGGAAUUACUUGACCAAGGAAUUUAUUGUGAUUCAGGUUGUCUAGUAACUGUGCUUGAUGGCUGCUCAGAGUGCAGAAACUUGGAUUUGGGAGUUCAACUCCAUGCAUUUGUGAUUAAGGUUGGUCAUCUUUGUGAUGGCAAUAUUGUAACUGCAUUAGUAGAUAUGUAUUCCAAAUCUGAUAACCUAACGUCUGCAAAAAUAGUUUUUGAUGGUUUCUCUAAUAAAAAUAUUGCUUUGUUUAAUGCAAUUCUUGUUGGGUUCAUGGUAACAAAAAGAGAUGAUAAUGAAGAUGCCAUGGUUUUGUUUCAUCAGCUGAGAUUAGGCGGUAUAAAGCCCGAUUUGGUCACUUUCUCACGGCUUCUUAGUUUAUCUGCCAAUCAAGCUUGUUUGGUAAAAGGGAAAACUCUUCAUGCUUACACCAUCAAAACGGGAUUUGAAGCUGAGUUAACGGUGAGUAAUGCCUUGAUCACCAUGUAUGCUAAAUGUGGCAGUAUCAAAGAUGCUUGUCAAAUGUUUAAUGGUAUGAAUGGCCAUGAUUCAGUUUCUUGGAAUGCCAUGGUUUCUGCAUAUUCCAUUCACGGUCAAGGUAAAAUGGCACUUCUUCUCUUCAAAGAGAUGAAAAGCGAAGGUAUUGCACCUGAUGAGAUUACUACAUUGGCUAUCCUUCAAGCUUGUAGUUACAAUGGGUUAUGGCAGGAUGGGAUAUGCUUAUUCAAUGAAAUGGAAUCAAAUUAUGGGAUCAGGCCAGUAAUUGAGCAUUUUGCUUGUAUGGUUGAUCUUUUAGGGAGGGCAGGACGGUUGCCUGAAGCCAUGAAUUUUAUUAACAACAGUCCUUUUCCAGAUUCGCCUCUACUAUGGAGGACAUUGGUCAGUGUCUGUAAGUUGCAAGGGGAUUUGGGUUUUGGCAUGUUAGCUUCAAAAAAAUUGCUAGACUUGUCGCCUGCAGAAGCUGGCUCCUACAUACUUGUUUCAAACACGUAUGCUGGAUCAGGAAUGUUAGAUGAGGCAGCAAAAGUCAGAACAGCUAUGAAUGACUUGAAUUUAAGUAAAGUAGCAGGUUGUAGCUGGAUAGAAAUUGAUAAUAAGGUCCAUUGUUUUGUGGCAAGUGACAAUGACCAUCCAGAAAGUAGAGAGAUUUAUGCAAAGUUGGAUCUAUUAAUGGAUGAAAUCAGGUGGAAGAAUUGUGAUACCAAGAAUGCUCAUUUCAUUGGAGAAAUUGUAUAGGUAUAACUAAAGCUACAAACUUGCUUAACUUCUUGCAGUUGGAAAGCCUGCAAUUUUACCACUUAAUUAUGGUGAGGCCCAUAUUGUACUAAAGUUCAUAAGAAAGGAUCAAACCUGCUGGAUUAAGCAAAGGGGAAACUUGGAUUAGUGGUUAUAGUGAUGGAAUAUUCUUCAAUCUGCAAAUGUCGUAAUCUGUCUUGAGUGAGAUACAAUAGUGGAUCAUAUAUUACACCUUUUGUACGAGGGAUCGAGUAUUUCAGCUCCAAAUGUUUGCAUAGGCAUAUUGACAUCUUUUUCCCUCAAACUAUGAAACAUAUAAUUUUAGUCCAUUUUUAUUAGAAUCCAUUUGACCCCCAACACUUUUAUUUUUAUCAAAUUAACCUGAUUUAGACGGAACGUUCACCAACGAUUCCGUUCGAAUUGCCACUUGAAUUAUCCCUUAGGUAACACAUCUGCAUCCAGUGACACGUGUCAAUCCACAUGGCUAGUAAAAGCCGCGUGGUUGAUUACGAUGGCAGCCCAGCUCAAUACUGGGUAUAACAAAAAAAAAAUUCUUCAAAAUUAAUACCCGACCUUAAAAAACCCAUUUUACCUUGACUUUCUGUUCAGACAAAAACCCCACAGCUUCAUGUGUUGCCUAUGCUCAUCUGGUUCUUGCCCAGAACCCAAGUCAUGGCAUGGAACGACAGUCAAUAGUUUCAGCUCUCCCCACCAAAGAAACUUAUGGUUUACUUUAAAGGCAUGAAAGUGAGAUGAUUGAAGGUUGUUUCUAUAAAGAAACUUUUGGUUGUGUUUGGCUUUUAGAUGCCUUGGGGUUUGAAGAAGAGGCAAAGUCGAUGUCGAUUGUGAGGGAGAGUCAAAAUGCAUGCAUAUGACUUGUUGCCUAGUUUCUACUAUUAAACAGUUUAAACCCAAAUGACAUAAAAUGAAAAAUAUGACUCAAGGGAAGCAGUAAUGGGAUCCAAGCUGCUAAGAAAGUUUGCAAUGGAGACCCGAAGAAAAAUAAAGAGCCAAUAAGGAAUAAGCAUUACAUUGAACUAGAAGCCUAAACAUUUAA